GGAACGCCAACAAAUUGUAUAAAUACGCAGGGACACAUGAAAGCAAGCAUGGAGAAAACCAGCAUAGCAGAGUUUCCUACUACCAUAAAAUGGAAUCUAUAACCAACUCUGUCAGCUCCCUCUUUCGUUUUUCAAAUGCAUCUUGCUACUCACUGCUCAUCUCAAUCUCUCUCGAUUUUUCCUUUCGGUUUUUCGGAUCCGAUCAUAAUAGCAAUACAAAUCCAACACCAAACGCCGCUCAGAAUUUUCCUUCUGGAGAUCUCUAAGUUUAUGUGAAAAGUCCCAACAGAGUGCGAGUGCGAGUGCGAGUGCGAUGAACAAGUAUUUUCGCGGCGGCGAUUCGCAGGUGGCGGCCAGCAUGGUGAUGGUGCAGGUGUUAGCGACAGGCCUCCAAUUGCUCUCUAAACUCGUCUUGAGCCAAGGCACCUUUAUUUUCGCAUUAAUGGCGUAUCGCCAUGUUGUUGCCGCUCUCUGUGUUGCUCCAUUGGCUUUCUUCUUAGAGAGGGGUGGCUCAAAGAAGCUCAGCCGGUCCGGUUGGCUAUGGCUAUUCGUCAGUGCUUUAACUGGAGUGACAAUGGCAAUGGGAAUGUUCUAUUAUGGCCUCCGUGAUACCACAACAUCAUAUGCUCUCAACUUCAUCAACUUAAUCCCAGUCAUCACUUUUGUCUUAUCCAUCAUUGCUCGAAUGGAGAAAUUGAGGGUUGGUACCAGGGCGGGCAAAAUCAAGAUAUUGGGUGCAACAUUGUGCGUCGCAGGGGCAUUGACUACUAGUCUUUACAAGGGAAAAGGAUUUCAUAUUGGUCAUCACAGUCUUCGCCAUCCUACUGCCGUGAAGACAUCUAAGGUUUACUGGUUCCGUGGCACCUUCAUCCUGAAUGGAAGUUGCUUGUCGUAUGAUGGUUGGUUCCUUGUCCAGGUUAAGUCGCUCCAGGUAUUUCCAUCAAAAUAUUGGGCAAUAAUGUUGACGUGCAUCUUAGCUUCCCUGCAAGCCACCAUCAUAGGUUUAUGCGUAGACAGGCGUAAGGCUUCUUGGAGAUUAGGAUGGGAUCUUCAACUGGUUACCAUCAUUUACUCGGGAGCACUAGCUACAGCUGCAACCUACUGCUUAAUAACUUGGGCAAUAGCAAAGAAAGGCCCUACAUACCCUCCAAUGUUCAACCCACUAGCUCUUGUUUUUGUCACAGUGGCAGCAGAUAUCAUUCUCGGCGAAGAGGUCAGCGCAGGAAGCUUAGUAGGCAUGUUUUUGAUAAUGGUUGGAUUAUACUCCUUUCUAUGGGGAGCAAAACAAGAUCAGUUCACAAGCUUGCCUCAACCAGAUGCAGAAACUGAAGACGCAGUAGCACCAGCAACAGCUUCUGAAUUUGUAGGAAUUCAGCCUAAGGCCAGAGUCUUGCAAGCUAGCUGA